AUGAUCAAACUUUUGGCAUCUUACAAUGAAAAUGUUUUAGAUGUUCUUCUACAGAAUGCUCCAUUGACAGCCAAGUAUAUCCCACCUCAAAUACAAAAGGAGAUUUUAUAUGUUCUAGCAAACAAAGUGCGAAAACAGAUUCGCAAAGAUAUUGAGGUCUCUAAGUUUUGUAUUACUGUGGAUGAAGCACGUGAUGAAUCCAAAAGGGAACAAAUGGCUCUUAAUAUUCGUGGCCAAGGAUAUGAUGGUGCUAGUAACAUGCGUGGUGAAUGGAAUGCUAUUGGUGAGCUUGAAACUGAUACAGGUUCUAACCAAGUAGGUACAUCAAAGAGGGCUAGUGAUACUAGAUGGGAUUCUCAUUUUUAUUCUAUAUGCAGUCUUCAACGAAGGUAUAAUGAAUCAUGUUCAGUACUUGAAAUAAUUCGUAAUGAAGGCUCAAAUUACUCUCAAAGAGAAAAUGCUACUGCAGCUUAUAAGAUGAUCACUUCCUUUGAGUUUAUCUUUAAUUUAUUUUUGAUGAAAGAGAUAAUGAGAAUCACUGAAAUUCUUUGUCAAGCAUUACAACAAAAAUCUCAAGAUAUUUUGAAUACUAUACAAUUAGUUUCAAGUACAAAGGAGCUUAUUCAAGAAUUACGAGAUGAUGAUUGGAAAAUAGUACUUCAAAUUGUUGUUAAUUUUUCCAAGCUUCAUAAAAUAGAUGUUUCAGAUUUUGAUGCUCAAUAUACUGAAGGUCGCGGUCGUCGACAAUUUGAUCAAAUAACUAUUGAACAUCACUAUCAUUUUGAUAUCUUUAAUUCAACCAUUGACUUUCAAUUACAAGGUUUAGAUAGAAAGUUUAAUGAGCAAUCGAUGGAACUUUUAUCACUUAGCUCUUCAUUAGAUCCGAAGGAUGGUUACAAAGCAUUUAAUGUUGAUGAUAUUUGUAGUCUUGCAGAGAAAUAA